ACUUACCGGAUGCCUAAACUCGCCACCUUGCGCCACUCCAUUCUUUGCUGUUUCCACAAGUGUGGUACCUUUGACCAUCUCAACCAAACCACCUCUAUCCUCUUCACUUCUGGCCUCGCUCACCACACCUUCUUCCUUUCCGACCUUCUUCGUUCUGCCACCAAAGACCUCGGUUAUACUUUGCUCCUCUUUGAUCGUCUCGCCACACCUUAUAUCUUACUAUGGAACACCAUCAUCAGAGGCUUCUCUGCAAGCUCACAACCCCAAAUGGUUCUCGUUGCAUAUUCAAGAUUGCGAAACCACGGCGUCAUUCCGGACAGGCACACCUUUCCCUUACUCCUCAAGGCCUUCUCUAAGUUGAGAAACGAAAACCCAUUUCAGUUUUAUGCUCAUAUCGUGAAAUUCGGGCUGGAUUUUGAUGCUUUUGUGCAGAACUCGUUGGUUUCUGCUUUUGCUCAUUGUGGUUAUGUGGACUGCUCCCGUAGGUUGUUUAUUGAGACUGCGAAGAAGGAUGUGGUCUCUUGGACUGCUUUGAUUAAUGGAUGCCUUAGAAAUGGUCGUGCGGUGGAAGCAUUGGAGUGUUUCGUGGAGAUGAGGUCCAGUGGUGUCGAGGUUGAUGAGGUGACCAUUGUUAGUGUUCUCUGUGCGGCUGCAAUGCUGAGAGAUGUUUGGUUCGGUAGGUGGGUUCAUGGGUUUUAUGUUGAAUCAGGGAGAGUCAUUUGGGAUGUCUAUGUUGGUAGUGCCCUGGUUGACAUGUAUUCAAAGUGUGGCUAUUGCGAUGAUGCUGUUAAAGUGUUCAAUGAAAUGCCUACUAGGAAUUUGGUUUCUUGGGGUGCAUUGAUAGCCGGUUAUGUGCAAUGUAAUAGAUAUAAGGAAGCACUGAAAGUUUUUCAAGAAAUGAUUAUUGAGGGUAUCGAGCCUAAUCAAUCCACCGUGACAAGUGCUCUGACUGCUUGUGCACAACUAGGGUCAUUAGAUCAAGGUAGGUGGCUCCAUGAAUAUGUAGAUAGGAGUAAAUUAGGACUGAAUUCGAAACUUGGGACAGCAUUAGUAGAUAUGUAUUCGAAAUGUGGGUGUGUUGAUGAAGCACUAUUGGUCUUCGAGAAGUUGCCUGCCAAAGAUGUCUAUCCUUGGACUGCUAUGAUUAAUGGGUUGGCAAUGCGUGGAGAUGCCUUAAGCUCCUUGAAUCUUUUCUCACAAAUGAUUAGGAGCCGGGUUCAACCUAAUGGAGUUACCUUUCUUGGUGUUCUUAGUGCUUGUGCUCAUGGAGGCCUUGUGGAUGAGGGACUGGAGUUAUUUAGACUGAUGAUCUGUGAUUAUCGUUUAGAGCCUAAUGUAGAUCACUAUGGUUGCAUGGUUGAUCUUCUAGGUCGGGCAGGGCGCUUGGAAGAAGCAAUUAAAUUUAUUGAAAGCAUGCCAAUGGAGCCAACCCCUGGUGUAUGGGGAGCACUGUUCAGUGGCUGUAUGAUUCACAAGGCUUUUGAGCUUGGGGAACAUAUAGGAAACCAUCUGAUCAAGCUACAACCUCAUCAUAGUGGUAGAUAUAUUCUUUUAGCAAACUUGUACUCAAGAUGUCAAAAAUGGGAAGCAGCUGCUAAUGUCAGGAGACUCAUGAAAGGGAAAGGGGUGGAUAAGUCCCCAGCAUGUAGCUGGAUUGAAGUGAAUGGUGUAAUUCAUGAGUUCAUCGCAUUUGAUAAAUCACAUAUUGAAUCAAUUAAUGUGUAUAUGAUGUUGGAAAGUGUCACAGCCCAAUUAAAACUUGCUACUUAUGCUCUUGGCAGUAACCUAUUGACAUUUACCAUUGAUGGGGGAUGAGAAAAAUUAUCUUGAGAUAUGCUUGAAUCAGUGACUAUAAACUGAGUUGAAACCCUGGCUUAUUUGCAGGAGCAAUUUUGACUUCAGAUUGAGGUGAAAUCCGGACUGUCUUCAAUUUUUAACGUUCCAGGCCUCCUCCUUCUGACCUUGUCUUUACCUUGUAGAUUGCAUCUAAUUUAUGCUCAGCUGUGCUGUAAGUCGCUCACUUUCCAACUAAUUAGUCAUAUUCUUUAUUUUA